GAUCAGAUAGACUACAAAACCAGAAAAAUGUCGAACAAAAUACAACAGCAAGUGUCUAAAGAGCGUUAUGAUAUCAUCUUGGGCAGAUACAAGUUAUUUUCUGCAGCUCUUAAUGACCCUAACAAGGAACCUGUUACGGUGUUCGAUCCCCUCGGCAAGAAGCAGCUGGAAGAGUUGGAGCUGAUCAGGGAGGUCAGUCGCGAGCUGCAGGCCAAGAAGGAAGAGGACAUGAGGAAGGCUGCCCAAGCGGCGACUCAGGCAGAGGAAGAAGCAAAGAAGGCCGCAGAAGAAGAGAAACAGAAGGAAAAUAAUAAAGAAGAACCUGAGACAGAAACCGAGACUGUAACAGAGAAUAAAUGAAGUACUUGUUAUGUUAUGCUAAUGUUAUAAAUGAAGAAAAGAAUUUAGCUAAUUUAAUUCAAUUCAAAAUUCAAAAAUAUCUUUAUUCAGUAGAAAACACGCACAGUCUAACACACAGAAAAUGCGUCCGCAUGAACGCGCGUGGAUGCAUUUUCUGUGUGUUAGACCAUGCGUGUUUUCUAUACAAACGGAGAUACUUAUAAGCAACGGAAGAACACGCAUCCACGCGCUACGCUGCAGCAUGCGGGGCAGUGUGAGAAUUGCCAUAGAGUAGGUACCCUUGAUCUGGCCUUUCUUUCUUUAGACAUAUUGAAACUGAUCCUGAUAUGUACACCUGGGCCUUCCUCUUCAAGCCCUACCACUUACACCCGUAUCAUAAAUAUUUUUCUUAAGUCUACUUUUAUUCAUUCUCUCUCUACAUCUCCGAACCAUCUUAGCAUACCUUUCUCAAUUUUCGUCACCUACUUAAUUUAAUAUAAGUAUAAUAAUUUAUGUGCGUAAUUGUUAGUACCCAUGGAUACCAUAUACCUAUAGAUCUAUUUAUGUUAUUAUAAUAUUCUAUUUGAAUAAAUAAAG